GGCGCGGUGCCCGGGGAGGAGGCCAAGCGGGACGAGAACGUCAGGCGCGGGAACUGGGGCAACCAGAUCGAGUUCGUGCUGACCAGCGUGGGCUACGCCGUGGGGCUCGGCAAUGUCUGGCGCUUCCCCUACCUCUGCUACCGCAACGGCGGGGGUGCCUUCAUGUUCCCCUACUUCAUCAUGCUGGUGUUCUGCGGCAUCCCGCUCUUCUUCAUGGAGCUCUCCUUUGGGCAGUUCGCCAGCCAGGGCUGCCUCGGCGUCUGGAAGGUCUGCCCCAUCUUCAAAGGCGUGGGCUGCGGGAUGAUGGUUGUCUCCACCUACAUCGGCAUCUACUACAACGUGGUGAUCUGCGUCGCCUUCUACUACUUCUUCGCCUCCAUGACGCGGGUGCUGCCCUGGACCUACUGCGGCAACGCCUGGAACACGGGCGACUGCGCCGGUGUCCUGGACGCUGCCAGCAACCGCUCGGGCCCCCUGCCCACCCACAACUUCACCCGCCUGCUCAACCACACGCUCAAGCGCACCAGCCCCAGCGAGGAGUACUGGAGGCGGUACGUGCUGCAGCUGUCGGACGACAUCGGGCAGUUGGGCGAGGUGCGGCUGCCGCUGCUGGGCUGCCUCGGCGUCUCCUGGGUUGUUGUCUUCCUCUGCCUCAUCAAGGGCGUCAAGUCAUCCGGAAAAGUGGUGUACUUCACAGCCACCUUCCCCUACGUGGUGCUCACCAUCCUCUUCGUGCGUGGCAUCACGCUGGAUGGCGCUGUCAGCGGCAUCACCUACUACCUGAUGCCCCAGUGGGACAAGAUCCUGGAUGCCAAGGUGUGGGGCGACGCCGCCUCCCAGAUCUUCUACUCGCUGGGCUGCGCCUGGGGCGGGCUCAUCACCAUGGCCUCCUACAACAAGUUCCACAACAACAGCUCCAGGGACAGCAUCAUCAUCAGCAUCACCAACUGCGCCACCAGCGUCUACGCCGGCUUCGUCAUCUUCUCCAUCCUGGGCUUCAUGGCGCAUCACCUGGGCGUGGAUGUGUCGCGCGUGGCUGACCACGGCCCUGGUCUGGCUUUCGUGGCCUACCCCGAGGCUCUGACCCUGCUGCCCAUCUCGCCCCUUUGGUCCAUCCUCUUCUUCUUCAUGCUCAUCCUGUUGGGGCUGGGCACACAGUUCUGCCUGCUGGAGACACUGGUCACGGCCAUCGUGGAUGAGAUCGGCAACGAGUGGAUCCUGCGGCGCAAAACCCUGGUGACGCUGGGCAUAGCGGUAGUUGGCUUCCUGCUGGGCAUCCCGCUCACCACCCAGGCUGGGAUUUACUGGCUGCUGCUGAUGGACAACUACGCCGCCAGCUUCUCCCUGGUCGUCAUCUCCUGCAUCAUGUGUGUCGCCAUCAUGUACGUCUACGGGCACCGUAACUACUUCAAGGACAUCGAGAUGAUGCUGGGCUUCCCGCCCCCACUCUUCUUCCAGAUCUGCUGGCGCUUCUUCUCCCCGGCCAUCAUCUUCUUCAUCCUGGUGUUCACGGUGAUCCAGUACCGGCCCAUCGCCUACAACGACUACGUCUACCCGGGCUGGGCCGUGGCCGUCGGCUUCCUCAUGGCGCUGUCCUCCGUGCUCUGCAUCCCUGCCUACGCCCUGUAUCGCAUCUGCCGUGCCGACGGCAGCACCCUGUUGCAGCGCGUGAAGAACGCCACGCGGUGCUUGGAAACCGAUUCCUUGAGGGUCUGCUCCGUCCAGGAACGGAGGUUUGGCUGA